AUGCCGAAAUUGCCGAAAAUUCUCUCUUUGACAUUACAGCUCCUCUUUUACUGCACGUGGGUCGCCGCACAGUCGAGCUACUGGUUGGCCAACAUUCAGCGGCAAGGCGUUGUUGCAUUUGGUAACGAUUCGAGCUAUCCUGUCUUCCGUAAUGUCAAGGAAUCGUAUGGGGGCGUUCCUGGCGCAGUCGGGGAUGGAGUAACAGAUGAUACUGCGGCAAUUCAGAAUGCGAUUGCUUAUGGCUUCCGAUGUGGUGGUGGUGACUCGGCGGCGGGAAGAUACUGCGAGAGCUCGACCACCUUCCCCGCUCUGGUCUACGUUCCACCAGGAACAUACAAGGUCUCGAGGCCAAUCGCUAUGUGGUAUAACACUCAGAUGGUUGGGGAUGCCGUCAGUCUACCAGUAUUAAAAGCAACCUCGGCAUACAAUGGCAUCGGGCUUCUCGACGCUGAUCCUUACAUACCUAAUGGAUACGGAAACACCUGGUUUCAAAAUCAGGUUAAUUUCUAUCGACAGGUUCGGAAUUUUGUGAUCGAUCUGACAGAUGCCGCCAACGGCGCUGCUGGCAUACACUGGCAAGUGGCUCAGGCAACGAGUUUGCAGAACAUCAAGUUCGUAAUGAAGCCCAAGACGGUAGCCGGAAAUAAGCAGCAAGGCAUAUUCAUGGAGAAUGGCAGUGGAGGCUUCAUGACUGAUCUGGUUUUUAUAGGAGGAGACCGCCAGAUGUUCUUGGGCAAUCAACAAUUCACUACCCGUAACCUGACUUUCAUCGACGGCAACAUCGCAAUCUAUAUGAACUUCAAUUGGCUAUGGACAUUCCACGGAGUGACCAUCACCGGUGCCUCAAUCGGCAUCGAUAUGUCAAGCGGAGGGUUUGACCAACAGGCUGUUGGCUCCAUCGUACUCCUGGAUAGCAGUAUUUCUGUAAGUGGGACUGGCAUAGUCACACCGUAUGUACCAGAUUUCAGUUCGCCACAGACUGCGGGGACAUUGGUGGUCGAAAACGUUCAAUUUGUCGGCACAGCUCCAGCGAUAGCAAAUACGGGUGGACGUGUGAUCCUGGCUGGCGGCCAAACAGUUGCCUCGUUCGCCCAGGGGAAUGCAUGGACAACCGCUGGAGAGGCAAUCACUCCAGGCACCGAGUUCAACGAAACCACCUGCACGUAUUCAAAUACCACAGACAGCACCUAUACUGCUCAGGAAGUCACUAUUCAACAGCAACUGGCACCAAUACCGCGGCCUUCAAAUCUUGUGAGCAGUAGCGGUGCUUAUUUUGCACGAUCAAAACCACAAUACGAACAGUAUGACGCGAGCAGCUUUCUCCGGGCCAAGACAUAUGCAGCAGGAGACGGUCUGACUGAUGAUACGGUAGCUGUGCAGAACUUUCUCAAUGCAGCUGCUCAGGCAGGGCAAAUUGCUUAUUUCGACCAUGGUGCAUAUAUCAUCAGCAACACUAUUCAAGUCCCUAUCAACUUGAAGAUCACUGGUGAGCUUUUCCCAAUAGUGAUGGCCACAGGCCCAAAUUUUGGCGACCAGAAUAAUCCACGACCAUUGUUCAGAGUAGGAAAUCCUGGGGAAUCUGGAACGGUAGAGAUUUCUGAGCUGGUCUUCGAGACAAAAGGUCCUACGCCUGGAGCGAUCUUGGUGGAGUGGAACAUCAAAGCGACAUCCCCAGGCGCUGCGGGGAUGUGGGAUUCUCAUUGGCGCAUUGGAGGAACUGCGGGCACUGAGCUGCAGAGUGAUCGUUGCGCGAAGAACCCGUCUGUAACCACCAGUCAAGCGACCAUGGAAGCUUGCUCAGGAGCUUUCCUGAUGCUGCACGUGACAGAGCAAGCAGAUUUCUACGGUGAGAAUAUAUGGGGCUGGACAUCAGAUCACGAGCUGGAUCUCAAAGACCAUGGACAGAUCAAUAUCUAUACUGGCAGGGGCUUUCUCAUAGAGAGUAAGAACGGUCCGGUCUGGCUGUGGGGCACGUCAGCCGAACACAACGUCCUCUACGACUACCAGAUCUCGCACGCCAGCAACGUCUUCAUGGGCCUUAUUCAGCAUGAAACGGCUUAUUUCCAAGGCAAUCCGACCGCCUUGUCGCCCUACACAAUACAAUCUGCGUACACCGACCCUACCUUCGAGGAAUGCACACAAUUUAAUUGCCCCCGGACCUGGGGUCUCCGCGUCGUUGAUAGCACCAACGUCUUCACAUAUGGCGCCGGUCUCUACCACUUCUUCGAGAAUUGGGAUUCCUCGUGUUUGAACACUGAGACCUGUCAGGAGAGGAUGAUUGAUAUCAUGAAUAGCACGGAUGUCUACUUGUGGGCCGUGAGCACCAAGGGAUCCAGUUACUUAAUUUCGUAUGAGGGCAACGCCAUUGUGCCGCAGGCGAGCAACAAAAACGCGUUCUGUGAGACGAUCGUACUGUUUGAGCAGGCGACUACGUGA